AUGCUCGGCCUCGGAUCCUCCACCUCUGCCCUCACCAUCUACCUUCCCCCAGCAGUCUACUCGGCGGGCAGCACCGUCGCAGGCGAGGUCUCCAUCAACGUCCGUCAGGUGUACGACGAAGACAUCGAGCUCGUCGAGAUCCGCCUCCACGGCACAGCCUAUGCCUCCAUCCAAGUCGGCGAGAACGUCGUCGUGGCCAAAGUUCCCCUCAUCCGCGAGGACAUCACUGCCUGGGCGCGCGGCGCGGGCCCGCACGGGCCCGACUCCGACACCCUCGCCGUCCCGUUCUCGUUCACACUCCCGCCGGACCUUCCGCCAUCCUUCCACCACGUCGGCGUGGGCUACAGCGACGUCGGCACGGUGCGCUACUCGAUCGCCGCGGUCGGCGUGCGCAAGGGGCGGCUGCGCACGAACAAGCGGCACCGCGUCCCGCUCGCCGUCGUCCCGGAGGAUGCCGUCGGCGCGCGAAUCAAGGCCGCGCCCGGUGCGCACCAGCGGAAGACGUACCGGAGGGAGGAGCGGAUCCGGAAGGGGCUGUGGGGAGACUACUCCCGGGUCGAGGUCGAGCUGAGCCUCCCGGACAUCCCCGUCCUGCCCCUCUCCGCUGUCAUACCGUACACGAUCUCGGUCACGACCGAGACCCCGCCACUCACCCGUGCGAAGGCGGCUGGCCUAUCAUCGGACAAGGGCGUCUUCCCGCCCAUCCCCACCACCCCCGACGCCGUCGAGUUCAAGCUGCGGCGGCGCGUCAAGAUCAUGGCGCUGAAAAUCAACUCCAAGUCGCACAAGGACAUCUGCCUCUUCCCGGGAGAAAAGGCGGCCGAGAAGGAGAGGAAGGACGGCACCCUUCGACCGCCGACCGCCGCGAAGGUCUCCCCAGGGGAGUUCGUGCCUGAGCGCGCGCCCGGGGACGAGAAGCGGACGGCGGGCGACAAGGACGCAGGGACGUGGGUCCAGCGUGCGACGUUCGACUCGACGCUGCGGCUCGACUGCCCGCCGUCGUUCGCGCUGUCGAACAUCGAAUGUUCGUACGAACUCGUGGUCACCGUGUCUUUCCCGGGGAUAGGCAACAACCUCACGCUUGAAGUCCCGGUCGUUGUCUCCUCUGGGGUGGACACGGCUCUUCCGCGCGAGGAGGGCGCGUCUGCGGGCGAGCUUCCGUCUCUUGACUUGCCCCCUGCCUACUGGGAUACAACUGACACCAGGACUUGGGGAGAUGACGAAAAGGAGUGA